UUGCUCUCAGAGAAAUGUUCUCUGCUAAACCUGUUUACUUGCAAAGUUUUUUUUCUUCUUUCUUAAUGGAUCACAUGUAAACCUUACCUUUUCAAAAGUGGUCACAAGAAAUCCUUUCGAAACAUGCUUGCACUGUCAGAGCUGUGAAGCUUGGUCAAUUCUAUGGCCCAAUAACACCAGCUCUUCAGAUGUUAAAAUUGUCCUGUAAGGCAGUGGUUCUUAACCUGGGGUGCACGCAGGGUGCGAGAUGCCCUUUCUGGAGGUGUGAGAGAUGCCAGAUUUUUAUGAUAUAUCUUAGGUUUAAAGAACUAACCUACUUCAACAAUUUUUAAUAUGGGGUGUGAGAACUUAUUUUGAGAACCGAAGGGGUGCAGGCUGCAGUAAGGUUAAGAACCACUGCUAUAAGGAAUUGUGUAAAUUACAGUGGGAGGGAUGCUAGUGGAAUCCACACAUUUGGUGUUUGCUACAGCAGCAUCCACACAAUCCCUAGUUCCAGCCCCACUGCUUAUAGGUUAUAACUAGAACUACAACAUUUUAUAUUAUAUGGCAAAACAGCGUUGCAAAAGGUGAACUUUAGGACCCAGAGGAUUUUGGAGGAGUAGGAGGGUUAUUGGUGAAGAGGAAGGAGGGGACAGUACUGUACAAUACUGAGGAGAGGAAGUAGUCCCCUUGCAUUGCUGUUCCUUUUGUUGCUUACAGUUGAAUGGCAGCAUUAACUAUGGCUUCUUCUCCAACUGUGUUGAUGCGCCUAGUGGCCUCUGCAUAUUCUGUUGCGCACAGAGCUGGAACAAUAGUGAGAAAUGUGAUGGCUGGUGGAGACCUGGACAUAGUGGAGAAGUGUGGACCCAGUGAUUUGCAGACCAAAGCUGACCGAUUGGUACAAAUGAGCAUUUGCUCUUCACUGGCACGGAAAUUCCCCCGAGUGACAAUCAUAGGAGAAGAGGACCUGCCCUCUCAGGAUGUCGAUGAGGAGUUGAUUGAGGAUGGUCAGUGUGAGGAAAUACUGAAGAAAGCUUUUCCACCACAAUACAAUUCCAUUAAAGAGGAAGAGCUUGUUGUCUGGGUUGAUCCUCUGGAUGGGACCAAAGAAUACACAGAAGGUCUCCUUGAUCAUGUAACAGUCCUUAUUGGAAUUGCUUAUGAAGGUAAAGCAAUAGCAGGAGUUAUUAACCAGCCCUUCUACAAUUAUGAGGCUGGAGCAGAUGCCGUGCUGGGUAGGACAAUCUGGGGUGUCCUAGGCUUGGGUGCCUUUGGAUUUCAGCUGAAAGAAGUGCCAGCUGGGAAACAUAUCAUCACUACUACCCGUUCACACAGCAGUAAGCUGGUAAAUGACUGCAUUAGUGCAAUGCACCCUGAUAGUGUGGUAAGAGUUGGAGGUGCAGGAAAUAAGAUCAUUCAACUUAUAGAAGGCAAGGCUUCAGCUUAUGUGUUUGCUAGUCCUGGGUGCAAGAAGUGGGAUACAUGUGCUCCUGAGGCUGUUUUACAUGCUGUGGGAGGCAAGUUGUCUGAUAUCCAUGGAAAUCCUUUGAAUUAUAACAAGGAGGUGAAACACAUGAAUUCAGCAGGGGUCCUUGCCACGUUGAGAAAUUUUGACUACUAUGCCAGUCGUGUUCCUGAAAGUGUUAAACAAGCCCUUGUGCCUUAAAGGAGAAACCUAGCUUCCUCGUGGCUAUGAAAAAAUGUUAACAUAAUUUUUCAACCUGGCAAAUGAGCUUAAAUAUGUGUUUUAUUAAAUCUGAACCUAGAUUCAGUCUGAUAUUAUGCAACAUUGUAAUUUGUGCACAGAAUGUCUAGGUACAUUGGUAAAUCUGAUUGGUUAGGGGAAGAAUACCUACAAUUUUACCAGGUAACAGAUGACAGUUUAUCAAUACACAGUAGAUGUUUUUCCAUUGCUUUAAAAGUAAGGAACCCAAGGACAGUUCUUUUCAUGUGAAUAGAUUUUUAUGAAAUUAUACUGUGUACAUGUAUAUCACAUAAUGUCACAGUUCAAGUCUAUAUCCUUAACUUAAUUCGGGGCACAAAACCAUAGCCUGAAUUUACUCAACAUCUUUUCUUAUACAUAGGCAGCAAUAAUUACUUUACUUUUAUAUAUUGUCAGUAAAUAACUGGCUUUGGUGGGUCCAACUACUUAUAAUAAAGUUAUUGUUGUUGAUUCUUAA